AUGGGUCGCGAAGAGCAGCAAGAGGAGAGGGAGGUGCUAGACUCAAUAUUUCCGGAGGAAAUACAGGACAUAUCAGAGACGGAAUAUCGAAUCACAAUCAAGCUCGAGGCAUCACAAGACUCCAGUGAAGAGAGUGAUGAUCCUAUAAUUAUUCUUAACGUCCGCUACCCGGAAGCGUAUCCAGAUGUGGCUCCCAUAUUAGACAUCACGCAACCUCCCAAUGCGCCUAAGCAGGCGCAUCUUGAUAUCCAGGAAGACAAAGCAAGACUGCUAGAGGCCCUCGAGCCGACCAUCGAGGAAAGCAUGGGAAUGGCUAUGGUUUUCACACUGGUCAGCACACUCAAAGAUGCUGCGGAGCUUCUUAUAACGGAGCGACAGAAGGCGAUAGAGGCACUAAAAGAGGCUGAGGCGCGCAAGGCAGAGGAAGAGGAGAACAGAAAAUUCGAAGGACAGAAGGUCACAAGAGAAACCUUCUUGGCAUGGCGGGACAGCUUCAAGAAAGAAAUGGAAGAGCAAGCUGCGAGGCGACAGGCAGAACUUGAAGCAGAAGAGAAGAAGAAGCGUGGAGGCAAGGCAGAGGAGAGGAAGUUGACGGGCAAGCAAUUAUGGGAGCAAGGAUUGGCUGGCAAGGGUGCAGAUGAGGAAGAUGAUGGCGAGGACGCAGUG